AUGGCUCCGAGCCGCAAGAAAGGCGGUGGUAAGGCUGCCAUAGCAGCAUCGGCUCGCCGGCAGUGGAAGGUUGGGGAUCUUGUGCUUGCCAAAGUCAAAGGAUUUCCUGCUUGGCCUGCCGCGGUUAGCGAACCAGAAAAGUGGGGAUACUCAGCCGAUUGGAAGAAAGUUUUGGUUCAUUUUUUUGGCACACAGCAGAUAGCUUUCUGCAAUCCUGCUGAUGUUGAAUCAUUUACGGAGGAGAAGAAGCAAUCACUUUUGACAAAACGACAUGCCAAAGGUUCAGAUUUCGUUCGUGCCAUUAAGGAGAUCACUGAGAGUUACGAGAAGCAGAAGCAGCAGGACCAAGGUAGUGAUCGUAACACUACUGAAGAAACAAUUUUUGGAAGUUCCGGACUCACUGUAGAGUUGCCUGAGGUUUGUGAAAAUCUAAUUGGAACAAGACUUGACACUCAAAUAAAGUCACAUUCUAGUUAUGCUAGAGAUGAAUCAACUAUUCUCAGUGAGGACGCUUCUGCUGCUGAACAAAUGCUAGCCCUGCGUCAUAACAGUGUAGCUCGUAAUGGAGCCUGUGAUAGUGCAGCAGCUAAAGAUCUAUGUGAGAUAGCUACAUAUUCUUCAAGGAGAAGAAAUACAAGAGCACGAUCUCAAAAGUGUGCUCCAGAAAAAAUUAUAUCACCGGUUCAGCACUCCAAAAGUUCAUCAGGGUUAGAAUUGGAUAGGAUUCAAAGGUCCAUGCUUCAAUGCAGUGAUGGUGGCCAGAGUGUCGAUGAUAUAGAUGAUGGAGCUAUAAGAACGAGAAAGAGGAUCCGAAGGUCAGGUCAUUCUGAAUCAGAUGAUGUGGUUUCAUCAGCUAUAAAUUUGCACGGAUCUGAUGAAGGGAAUGCAUCUGAAAUUGCUACUGUUGAAUCUGACAAUAAUAGUAGGAAUGAAGGCAAUGGUGUGGAUUCUGGCUCCAAACUCGAACAUUCUGAUGCUGCUGGUGAGAGUUGUGAAGGAGAUCAUGAGCUCAACAAAAGGCUUGAUUUCCAAAUUAGCACCAUGGUUAAGAGGAAGAAGAGGAAGCCUACUCGAAAACGUGAAGCCAGUGACCUUAUUGACCCUCCUGCUAAAAUUGAAGCAGAAGAAGAUCUUGGGGCCAAGGCAUGUGAUAGCUGCCAGAGAUCACAAAAUUCACAUGAAAGGCUGAAUGAGAGGCCCUGUGAAGAGAAUGGUGACGAACAUUUGCCUCCUGCUAAAGUUGAAGCAGAAGAAGAUCUUGGGGCAAAGGCAUGUGAUAGCUGCCAGAGAUCACAAAAUUCACAUGAAAGGCUGAAUGAGAGGCCCUGUGAAGAGAAUGGUGAUGAACAUUUGCCUCUGGUAAAGCGAGCCAGAGUAAGAAUGAGUAGAGCUUUUUAUGCUGAUGAAAAGGUCAAUACCUCUGCACAGUUCGAAGAAAGAUCAUCUAAAGACACUCUAAUAAGUGCAGCAGUGCAGACAAGCCCUUUGGUUAAUCGUGAAAAUGAUAUUGUUUCUGGUCAUGAUACUUCUGCAACCGAGGAAUUUAAGAGCGUCAAGAUGUCUGCUGACCUCUCAGAUGAUAUGGCUGAUGUAGGGCCUCCUCGUAUGGAGAAACCUUCUGACAGAAUGUCUCCGUGUAGGGUCUAUGCUCAGACUGGGGGAGAUAAACAAACUGCUAUGGAGUUCCAUAAGAGUGAGUUUAGCACUUCAUCUGAUGAAGUAACUCGAGCACAAUCCAAUCAAGUUAGCAGUUCGUCGGAAGGCAAAGCUCGUAUCCCUGAAGUAGUUCAGAGAUAUUCUGAGGAAUUGCAAACCAGGAACUGUCUAAUCAGUGAGUCUGAUCCUACGGGUGUGCAGUGCUCCCGUCAAAGUGAGAAAAACGAAACCCGGUUUGAUCCUGAUAUUGUGGAUUCAUCUGCAGAUAAAUCCCCGAGUUUGUGCUCUGUUUUGGAUUUGACAGCAUCAGGGGUACCUGCUCAAUCUCUUCACCAACCCCAAAGCCUGGACAAUAAUUCUUCUGACCAUGCAUUGGCCAUUGCUGGAGAUUCUCUGAAUGAAAAGUGUGAGAAAAUUGACUAUCAUAUGGCUCAGGUCGUUCACUCCCAUCCUGUAGAGCAUUCUCCAUUGUUACUUAACCAGGAGGCUGACAACAUGCAGGAGACCGAAAACACUCUACUGAAAGAAAAAGUAGGAAGUCCGGGUGAAGAACUUGAUAGUGACAAACAAACUUAUAUGAUACAAAAUCCAGCCCUCUCUGCUACUAAAAGUGAUAUGCUAGUUGAAAAAGCGGAACCUCAGUGCGAAACGGUGUAUGGUAAUUGUGGGGAUGCUGUAGAGAAUAGAGAGGAGCUUGAAACGAGCUGCGAGGCUGUUGAACAGAAGGAGCAUGUCCAAGCUACCAAUUCCAUGUCAGCAUCUGAGAACCUUUCCGAUGUAAAAAUGAGCUUAUCUCCUGCUGAUGUUGAAGACUCUCCUGCCAGGGGUACUCCACAUAGCAACUCAGUAUUCCAUAUCUCUACCGCAGAAAGUGUAAAUGUUAUGCAGAAUAACAGUAAUUCCAGCAAUGUUCGGUUGGGUGAGAAGAAAAUUAUGUGCGAUGACACUGCCAAAGAAGAAAGGAAAGUCGAAACAGGUGUAACUCAGGUGAAGAAAGUUACUGGUUCUGAUGUGCAAUUCACUAUUGAAUCUUUUGAGACUGCACUUCACUCAUUGGUGAGGACAAAGGAGACCAUUGGCCGAGCAACUCGUUUGGCUAUGGACUUGGUGAAAUUUGGUGUGUCAGCAAAGGUGAUGGAAAUUCUGGCUCAUACUUUGGAAAGUGAGUCAAAUUUACAAAGGAGGGUGGACUUAUUUUUCCUCGUGGAUUCUAUUGCUCAGUGCUCUAAAGGUCUGAAUGGUGAAGCUGGUGGUGUUUAUCUUUCAUCCAUUCAAGUAAUGCUGCCUCGCCUAUUGGCUGCUGCUGUUCCAGCUGGAGCUACCACUCAAGAAAACCGGAAACAGUGCUUGAAGGUUUUAAGGCUUUGGCUAGAAAGACGAAUCCUUCCUGAAUCUAUUGUUCGUCACCAUAUAAGAGAACUUGAUUCACAUAGUAAUGCUCCUGCUUGCCUCUAUUCUCGGCGCUCCGCUCGAACAGAAAGGGCCCUGGAUGAUCCUGUAAGAGAUAUGGAGGGUAUACUAGUGGAUGAAUAUGGAAGUAAUUCAACUCUCCAGCUUCCUGGAUUCUGCAUGCCUGCAAUGCUUGAAGAUGAAGACGGAGGAAGUGACUCCGAUGGUGGAGAUUUCGAGUCUGUCACCCCUGAACAUGAGUCCAGAAUCCUUGAAGAACAUGUCACACCCUCCAUUACUGAAAGGCAUACCCGUAUACUGGAAGAUGUUGAUGGCGAGCUUGAAAUGGAAGACGUGGCUCCACCUUGGGAAGCUGGAAGCAGUGCAAUAACUGAUCAAGCUUUUAAUACAGAGUCUGCGAAUUGUCAGCCUGUUUCUGCCACUUCACAUCAGCAACUGAUCUCGUCAUCGCCAUCACAACCUCUACCACCUCCCCCUUCGCAGGAUGCUCAGUGUGCAAUGUCUGAUUCCUACUCAAAUGGCUUUGACCGCGGUGGAUAUCCCAGCAUGCAUGGGGAUCAUCUGGCCGGUCCUUCAAGGAAUAGUCAACCAAUGCAUUACCAAAGUCCUGAAUCAUCUUAUAGUUCUCAUGUAUCUCUGUCAAAAAGCAUGCCACGCGGGGAGAGUUCUAACUUUCAGUAUAGGCCGUAUCCAUCUUCUCAUCCCCCACCUCCACCUCCUCCACAUCAUUAUUCGUAUGUGGAGCCGGACCACCAUGUAAGGUCACGGAGAGAUGGUCCAUCAUACCCUCACAGAUCUCAUUACACGCCGGAUUUUGAUGAAAGGGAUUAUCGUAAUAGCCAUGAGAGAAUGAGGCCUGCACCAUCUGAGAACCGAGAAAAUUGGAGAUAUCAUCCGUCCACUUCUUAUGGUCCACGAUAUAAUGACAGACACGAAGGCCCUUAUCAAUCCAGCUCAUACGAUGGCCAUCAGCGAGAGUCUGGAAGGUUCCAGAACCACAGGUGGACCCACUCUCCGCGUGCAUAUAACAGUAGACAGUCAUUUCACUACAAGCCUCAUUCGGAAGAAGGUCCUGUUCCAGUAGGAAUGAGAGAACCAGGCACGUGGCAUCAUCAAAGGUGA